AUGGUCUCUAUCAGGCCUGACGGCAACAUCUUAGAUCAUGACAUUGUGAGAGUGGGGCCCAAGGAGGACCCUUACUGUGCUUGGGGGAUUGAUUGCUGCUUUCUCUUUACUUCUCUGCAGAAAAGUUUCCUGACUCAGCCUGUAACCCUUCUGGACAUCUAUACACACUGGCAACAAACCUCGGAGAUUGGCCAGAAGCGGAAGGCAGAGGAAGAUGUAGCCCUGCAGGCCAAGAAGACCCGCGUGUCAGACCCCAUUAGCAGCUCAGAGAGCUCAGAAGAGGAGGAGGAGGAGGAGCAGGGGGCAGAAGCGGAAACCACCAAAGCCAUCCCGGCACUAGCAUCUACCAACUCCUCAGCCACGGGGACGGUUUUGCCUUCAAGUGUGAAAGAAAAAGCCAAGGCAAAGACCAAGAAAGCCAGCAAGACGGUGAACUCCACGGCACACCCUGCCUCCGGGAAGGCAGUGGCCCACCUCCUCACCAAGAAGUCACCCCAGAAGGCGGCAGGGCCCUCGGCAAAUACCAUCCUGGUCUCAGAAACUGAGGAGGAGGGCGGUGUCUCGGCCCUCAGAACCACUGCCAAGCCUGGAAUGGCGGCCGCCAGCCAGGCCGCCAGCUCCAGCGAGGACACCUCCAGCUCGAGCGAUGAGACGGACGUGGAGGUGAAACCUGCAGUAAAACCACCACAGGUCAAAGCCUCAGCAGCUGCGGCCAAGGAGUCUCCAAGGAGAAGGGCAGCCCCGACCCCAGGGAAGGCGGGACAUGUGACACCCCAAGUCAGAGGGGGUGCCAUGACCCCAGCCAGCAGGGCCAAGAAGCCAGAAGAGAUCCCAGAGAGCAGCGAGGAGUCCGAGAGUGAGGAGGGGGCCCCUGCGGGGACACCCAGCCAGGUAAAGGCCUCUGAGAAAACUGUCCAGGUCAGAGCUGCCUCGGGUCCUGCCAAGGGGACCCCUGGGAAAGGGGCCACCCCAGCACCCCCUGGGAAGGCAGGGAGGCCAGAGGAGGACUCGGAGAGCAGCAGCGAGGAGUCGGACAGCGAGGAGGAGACGCCAGCUGCCCAGACCCUGCUGCAGGCAAAGGCCUCAGGGAAGCUCCCCCAGGUCAGAGCCGUCGCAGCAGCACCUGCCCAGGUGCUUUCCCCUGGGAAAGGGGCCCCUCCAGCACCCCCUGGCAAGGCAGGGCCUGCAGCCAUCCAGGCCCAGACCAAGGGGCAGGAGGAGGACUCAGAGAGCAGCAGCGAGGAGUCAGACAGCGAGGGGGAGGCGUCCACAGCUGUGCCUCACACCACAAGCCUGGCUCAGGCAAAGCCCUUGGGGAAAAACUCCCAGGUCAGAGCUGCCUCAGCCGCAAGCACGGGGCCCUCAGCGAAGAGCGCUGUCCCAGCGCUCCCUCGGAAAGCAAGGGCUGUAGCCGCCCAGGUGGCAAAGUGGGAUGAGGACUCGGAGAGCAGCAGCGAGGAGGAGUCGGACAGCGAGGGGGAGGCGCUGAGGGCAGCGGCCUUGGCCCAGGCAAAGUCCUCGGGGAAAGUCCUGCAGGUCAGACCUGCCUCAGGUCCCACCCAGGGCCCCCCUCAGAAGGCCGGGCCUGCAGCCGCCCAGGUCAAGACCAAAAGGUCCAAGGAAGACUCGGAGAGCAGUGAGGAGGAGUCAGACAGUGAGGACGAGGCCCCCACAGCCAAGACUCCAGCCCAGGCAAAAUCAGCUGUGAAAACUCAGACCAAGAUCUCCCCAAGGAAGGGCACCCCCAUUACACCCGCAUCUGCCAAGGUCCCACCAGUGCAAGUAAGCGCACCAGCCCCCUGGAAAGCAGGAACGGUGACUUCGCCAACCUGCACAUCAUCCCCAGCCGUGGUCAGGGGCACCCAGAGGCCAGAGGAAGACUCUUCAAGCAGCGAGGAGCCGGAGAGUGAGGAGGAGACAGCUCCUGCCGCAUCCGUGGGACAGGUGAAGUCUGUAGGGAAAAGCCUCCCUGUGAAAGCUGCCUCGGCACCCACCAAGGGGCCCUCAGGGCAACGGACCACCUCAGGGCUCCCUGGGAAGGCAGGGCCUGCAGUGGCCCAGGUCAAAGCUGAGGUGCAGGAAGACUCAGAGAGCAGUGAGGAGGAGUCGGACAAUGAGGAGGCGGCCUCAGCUGCAGCACAGGUGAAGACCUCAGUGAAAACCCCUCAGACCAAAGCCAACCCAGCUGCCACCAGAGUGGCUUCAGCCAAAGGGGCACCAUCAGCUCCUGGAAAAGGGGUUUCUGCAGCUGCUCAAGCCAAACUGGGGUCCCAAGCCAAGGUAAAGCCACCAGCAAGAGCCCCCCAGAGCAGUGCCGUCUCGGGCAGGGGCCAAGUGUCUGUGCCGGCUAUGGGGAAGGCACUGGCUGCAGCAGCCCAGGCCCAGCUGGGGCCGGUCAGGGGCCCACAGGAGGACUCGGAGAGCAGUGAGGAGGAGUCGGACAGUGAGGGGGAGGCGCCCACUCAGGCGAAGCCCUCAGGGAAGACCCCCCAGGUCAGAACUGCCUCAGCCUCCACCAAGGGGUCCCCCAGGAAAGGGGCUGGCCCUGCACCCCCUGGGAAGGCAGGAGCCCCAGCCGCCCAGGCCGGGAAGCGGAAAGAGGACUCGGAGAGCAGCAGCGAGGAGGAGUCAGACAAUGACGGGGAGACGCCGGCCGCUGUGCCCCCAGCCCAGGUGAGGCCUCAUGAGGAAGCAGCUACAGUGCCAGGCCUCUGA